GGACAUUGGUUCCUGUGCAGAAUUUUUUUUUUCCCUCUCUGAGAAUCUCCAUGGUGAAUGGCCGAUUAUCUUGGCGGCGCGCGGUAAACGCUGAUUGGCUGAAGCCGCACAGGCGUUCCAUGCUGAUUCGUCGAAUCUAGAUGCCCGGUGUCCGGGUAAGAUGGCGGCGGAAGAGCAGUGCUCGGCACCACCUCGAUGGCAGUCGAUAUCUUUAACGCACGUAGAAUAUCCAGCUGGUGAUCUGGCAGGGCAGAUCCUGGCGUAUGCCAGUCUGCUGCCGAUGGCGAUCCUGGUUGGCUUUGUCACGCUCAUUGUCUUCAAGAGAGAGCUGCACACGAUCUCGUUCUUUGGCGGUUUGGUGAUGAACGAAGGGCUAAACUGGUUGCUGAAGCACAUCCUACAGGAGCCCCGCCCAUGUGGAGGAGGCCACAGCACAGUAACCACAGAGUACGGCAUGCCGUCCAGCCACUCGCAGUUCAUCUGGUUCUUUGUCGUUUACUUUUUCCUCUUUCUUUAUUUAAGAAUGCAUCAGACAAACAAUGCCAGAUGUGUGGAGUUGUUAUGGAGACAUGUGCUGUCAAUCAUCCUACUGGGUGUGGCUUUGUCUGUGUCGUAUAGCAGAGUUUACCUUCUCUACCACACCUGGAGUCAGGUGAUAUAUGGUGGCGUAGCUGGAAUGGUGGUCGGCGUGGUCUGGUUUUUCAUAACACAGGAGGUGUUGACGCCGAUCUUUCCCAAGAUAGCAGCCUGGCCCAUAUCAGAGUUUUUCCUAGUGAGAGAUACGAGUCUCAUUCCCAAUAUUCUGUGGUUUGAGUACACGGUCACCAGAUCAGAAGCCAGAAACAGACAACGAAAGCUGGGAACAAAACUCCAGUGAUCCGCACUCUCAACUGGUUCAAACUGACAAAAAGGACCACAAAAAUACACACACACACACACUCUCUCACUCAUACACACAUACCCACAACACACACUCCUACAUUCUAACACACUGGAGAUCAAACGUCUGGACUGUCCGGGUUGAGGCUUUCCGUUUUCAGGCGGACCAAAAACGAGAGUUCAAUGGAGAGGUCAAAGGGGCGGGGCCUGUGUAGGGGAUCAACCCUCUCCUCUCGUCAUCUCUUUCCGGUGCAUGCUGACCGUGCAAGAGGCAAAGCUAUUUAACAAGAAACGUAAUAUAUAUUUUAACCAUUAACGCACGAGGGUACCUGGUUUAAAAUGGGAGUGAGAGAGAGAGAAAGAAAGAAAGAAAGAAAGAGAAGAUUCUUUAGUGACAUAUAGCUGGUUUUUGUUACAGCAUGACAUUUUCUUUUAGAAACUGUAUAAGGGGGAACAUAUUUGGGUGGGGAUUUGUAGCAGAAAAGGAAAGAAGUGAAGGGGAAAAGUGCUUUUUUUUUUUUCCCAUCAUUAUUUUGGAAACAAGUUUCCAUACUCUGGUAAUAUGUAAUAUCAAGUAAAAUAAUUUGCACUUUGUGAAUCAGAAUGGAAAAGGAAACAUUUUAUUAUACUUAACACUAGUUACAUCAGAGAAAAUGAAUUUUAAUUUGCUCCUUUCUUUGUCCCUUCAUAAACAGGCAACAUUCCUAAUCAUGAUUUAAUAAUGCUGUAAUGUAAUUCCCAUGCAGAUCACUUAUUUGUCAAAAUGAUUGGUUCACUUUCACACUAAGAGCUCUUAUUGGUCAACAGUUUUUGAUGAUUUGGUUGCGUUUGCAUACAUUUGCUUUCAGAAGCAUUUCUGUUUUCUCUAGGUUAAAACAUUUAUAGUUGAGUUGAUCAUGAGCCGAUGAGCUGAGGCAGGUGUAUUCGAGAUUCCUAGUUCUGGGAUUAAGAUCUACUCCGUAUUUUAUGCCCCAUAUGUUUAAAAGGUACUUUCAUUGUCAUCGUUGGGAGUUUCCCUCCAAAAGUAAUAUUAAUAAAAGUUUACCUGACCAUUUAGCAGCUUUGUUUCACUCCAGGAAAGCUAAACUGCAUAAGGCUACAACUAUAAUCCUCAUACAUACUUGAGCAGGUACACUGUGAGAGCCUGUACAGGGACAAAUUCAAUGGUUUACACUUCAAUAUGUUCAAAUGCUGUUAAAUAAGCUUUUUUUUUUUUUUUACUUAGAGUACAUUUUAGCUGUACAAGAUAAACGAUCGUUAAGAAAAUAAUAAGGAAACUCCACCAACUCAGAGCUUGAAGGACUUAAUUAAGAGUGCAUGCUAGAGUAUGAAUUUGAGGCUAAGGAAGCAUCAAAAAUUAUACGACUCAAAAAUGUAUUUCUCCAAAUGGCUAAGUAAAUGAUUCUAUACUUGGGAUAAGAAGUAUGGAUGGGAAUAUGGAACAAUUUCCUAAAUUAUCUGUGUGUUAUUGGAGUUUCUCCACUAAUCAUAGUUCAGAAACAUUGGGACAGCAGUGACUGGGCAGUAACUAAUUCCCUCCAUUUUUCUGGUCUGUUGGACACUAACCCACCGAUCCUAAAACAUUCCACUUUAUCUGGUAGCAUCAAAGGAAAAUCCUUCAAAACCCAAACCUCAGGUGAACCAUUAGCAUGUGGUGAUGAUGGCGAUGCUGCUCUACAGCUACUAUGCCUACACAGAAUGUGCCCAUGAUGGGAUGGCCAUAAAUGGAAGGGUCAUUACAGAAUAGCGCUUCAAUAUUUUUUUUCUUUAUUUUCUUUUAUUGUGUAAUUCAUAUCAGCCUGAAUAAAGUCAACUGGAUAUAGUA